CGUCACUGAAUGACAGCUGGCUGUCAGAAGUGAGUUCGCUUCCCCAGUAGAGAGAGCUCUUCGAUAUUAUUUUCCAUUUCGUGUGCUCGGUGCAGAUCACAGAGCAUUCAAGCGGCGGAGGAGUACCAUCCGACAGAACAGUCGUGCCAGUCCUCCGCGAACCGAGCCCACUUACCUGGCCUGGCCAUGGAUGAACAGGCAGGGCCCGGAGUGUUUUUUAACAACAAUAAUAACUCGGUUUUGCCCGGAGGUGGGAAAGCACCACAGGCGGGCGACGGCGGUGGAGGGGAGGCGGCGAGGGCGCAGUACAGUAUUCCGGGGAUCUUGCACUUCCUGCAGCACGAAUGGGCCCGUUUCGAGGUGGAGAGAGCGCAAUGGGAGGUGGAGCGGGCCGAAUUACAGGCACAGAUCGCCUUUCUGCAGGGAGAGCGGAGGGGUCAGGAGAACCUGAAGAAAGAUCUGGUGAGGCGGAUCAAGAUGCUGGAGUAUGCCCUAAAACAAGAGAGAGCAAAAUACCAUAAAUUAAAAUAUGGAACAGAGCUUAACCAGGGAGAAGUGAAGCCGCCAAGCUACGACUCCGAUGAAGGGAACGAGAACGAGAACGAGAACGAGGUUCCGGGGCUGCAGAACAGUCAGCUGACCUGGAAACAGGGACGGCAGCUCCUGAGGCAGUACCUGCAGGAGGUGGGCUACACGGACACCAUACUGGAUGUGAAGUCCCAGCGGGUCAAAGCACUGCUGGGUUUGGCUGGAGACACGGGGGAGAGGCCCUCCGACAAGAACCCAGAACCCAUGGUCAACGGCACGGAGUCCCUCAAGAGCAGCGUCAUGAUCGGGAAACCGGACAUGAGCGACUCGGCUUCCGUGCUGGAGGCCUUCAAGUUCAUCGAGAGCGCGGCCGCCGAGUUCAGCGACGAAGACGAGGAUGAAGACAGCGAUGGGAAGGACAGGACCUCUGGAGACGCAAAUUUUAUGAAGGAAAAACAUGGUAAAACACAGUGGAGGCAUUUUUGUUCUGCUUUGUCCACUGCUCUUUCGCUGGUUCUAUUUAUUCGUCUCGUGAGCGGAAGAGCAGUGUUUGUGGGGCCCGGCCUGGGCGGGAGCCUGCGGAACUCAACGGGCCUGUUUGGUUUGUCUCCCCCUGUAGAGAAGGAAGAGCAGUGUCCCAUGUCCGAGGCCUGGGACGUGGACCAGGGCCUGAUUACCAAACUCAAGGAGCAGUACAGAAAGGAGCGCAAGGGGAAAAAGGGGGUGAAGAGACCCAACCGGUCCAAGCUCCAGGACAUGUUGGCCAACCUGCGGGACGCCGAGGACCUGCCCCCCAUGCAGCCGUCCGUCACGCCCCCCGCCCGGCCCAGCGUGGCCCGGCUCAACGAGCACGAGCCCAACCGCGCCGACGAAGUGGAGGCCAUGACGUUCCCGCCCACGUCGGGGAAGUCCUUCAUCAUGGGGGCCGACGAGGCCAUGGAGAGCGAGCUGGGCCUGGGGGAGCUGGCGGGCCUGACGGUGGCCAACGAGGCGGACAGCCUGGCCUACGAUAUCACCAAUAACAAAGACGCGCUGCGGAAGACGUGGAACCCCAAGUUCACGCUGCGGAGCCACUUCGACGCCAUCCGCGGCCUGGCCUUCCACCCGGUGGAGCCCGUGCUGGUCACCGCGUCGGAGGACCACACCCUCAAGAUGUGGAACCUGCAGAAGACUGCGCCCGCCAAGAAGAGUGCUGCACUCGACGUGGAGCCCAUAUACACCUUCAGAGCCCACAGGGGUUCUGUGCUGUGUGUGGUCAUGAGCUCCUCGGGGGAGCAGUGCUUCAGCGGGGGCGUGGACGGCACCAUCCAAAGCUGGAACACCCCCAACCCCAACAUCGACCCCUACGACUCGUACGAGCCCUCCGUCCUCCGGGGGGCGCUGUGUGGGCACACGGACGCCGUCUGGGGCCUGGUGUACAGCGCGGCUCACCACCGCCUCCUCUCCUGCUCGGGCGACGGGACGGUGAGGCUGUGGAACGCCGCCGACACCUCCCCCGCCCUCGCCGUCUUCAACGAGAACCGAGAGCUGGGAAUCCCCUCGUCGGUGGACCUGGUGUGCAGUGAGCCCGCCCACAUGGUGACGUCGUUCAGCACCGGGGAGACGGGGCUUUUCAACAUGGAGACGCAGCAGCUGGUCCUCAGCCUGGAGUCCACCGCAGAGCCGGGCCUCCCCUGCCAGAUCAACAAAGUGCUGAGUCACCCCACCCUCCCCAUCACCAUCACCGCUCAGGAGGACCGCCACAUCAAGUUCUUCGACAACAACACGGGAAAAUUGAUCCACUCCAUGGUUGCCCACUUAGACGCGGUCACUAGCUUAGCCGUCGACCCCAACGGACUGUAUCUCAUGUCUGGAAGUCAUGACUGCUCCAUCCGGCUCUGGAACCUGGAGAGUAAGACGUGCAUCCAGGAGUUCACCGCCCACCGCAAGAAGUUGGACGAGUCGAUCCACGACGUGGCGUUCCACCCGACCAAGUGCUACAUCGCCAGCGCCGGAGCCGACGCCCUGGCCAAGGUCUUCGUAUGACCCAGAGGCCCUCCUCUUCCUCCUCCUCCUCAUCCUCCUCCUCUCUCUGCCACCUCCGCCACUGCCGCCAGCCAAUGGGGACAGAGAAGGGGCAGGGCUUAAGAGGUGGGAUCCCCACCCGCACCCACCCCGACACCCUCCACCAAUCGGCUCCUCCUUCACCGGUCGGCUCCUCCCAAAUCCACACCCCUUCACCCCCUGCACCUCUUCUUCGGACACCUGGACAGAAACGGGCGUGGCCGCGGUAGAUUAGGAAGCCCCCGAGGCUGAGGUGGAGGGGGGGGGCUGCUCCAGGGUGCAGCUGUCCACUCCGACCCCCCCCCCCCCCAAACCUCCACCAUCCAGGCAGGCCUGGGUGCGGCCGGUUUCUGGGCGUUUGCUCAGUUCAGCCCCGACAGGAAGUGGAGGGGAGGGGUAAGAGGGUUAAGGUUGUCUUUUUUUUUUUCUCUUUUUUUUUAUGUCAAGAGUUCCACAGAUGAGGACAGUGGCAGAGCAUAUGUGGACCUCUCUCCCAAAACUCCACCCCCCCCCCAUCCACCCCUCCACCCAAUCGUUUUGUCCAUGUGUUCUUUUUCUCACCUUCAGGGAAGAAUCUUUACACAAAGUGGGACGGCCCCCUUUUUAUGAUGUUAGCGACAGGUGGCAUCAGGACAGAUGCAGUUACGUGCGCGUUUAAAAGGCAUGCUGACGUUGCCAUGGAAGCACCCCCCCCCCCCUUUGCUUAUUGUUUUUAAACAUAAAAAUGUGCCUUUGCUUCACAGUAGGGUCUCCAAAUACAAGUGUCAUUUUACCAAGCAUUUUCUUUUGGUGGUGGGCUUACAAAAGUAGAAGUUAAUUUUUAAAUAUAAUAUUGGAUCUAAUUGGGGGGGAAAAAAUCUAAAAUACAUAAUUAUAUUCCAUCUUAAACUUUAAAAUAGCGCCUGAGUUCAUUUGAGUGCUUUUCCAAAAAAAAGAGAAGAUCCGGAAGGUGAGGACUGUCCUCUGGGAGGCGAGGCUGUAUUUGGCAGGAAGUUGGCUGAUCACUGGGGUGGAGUGUGGACUCUGCUCUGCCAAAUACUGACCCUGCAAACAGAAACUCCACCCCGUAGUUUAAAGAGGUCAUGAUGCGUUUUCAUGGGAGUGAUCUGCAGUCAGUACAGGGCUGCUGACAUCACAGUGUGGGGGUACACCUUAGUGCGGUGGGAAAACUGCAGUGGAUGGUAUAUAGACAUUUAUUUUUUUGGUGUAAUUGCUGAGUGGGCAAGACUCUUUUUGUUGAAUUCCCCUCAGUCUAUUAUAUUAUUUUUCUAAAUAUAGAAGAACUGGAUUUUAGAAUGUUGGAGAUGUACUUAUUUUUCUCAGUCACCAAUAGCCCCUCUCCCACUGAACUUGCGUGAGUUGGCUAAUUUCUAAUAGUUUUUGCAUAAUUAAAUGUAUCGGGUUUUUUUUUUCUUUUUUUUUUCCCCUCUUGCACCUGCUGUGCUACGUGAACACGUUCACUGUCUGUUGUUCCUUUGUGAGGGCAGUGCCCCUCGCCUUGCACGUCUGUCUGUUUCACCACUGUAGUGAACUGCUUCUCUGAAUUUCCAAAAUUACUGAGAAACAACGACUUGACCUGCAGACAGCCAACGGUGGCCAAAAACAGAAAGACUGUGAACGCUACUCCUACGACUGCAGCUCUUACAGAUGGGUGCGGUGUUUCUGGUGUUGGGAGCGUACCUUUCUUAAAUAUACGGAGUGUGUAGACCAACAUCAUAGGGAAAUGUUGCCAAUACUGUAAUAUAUUAACAAAAUAGAAGUCAUGUGAACUGAAAGUUUAAAAAAAAAAAAGCUAAAUUAUUCCAGGGGUUUAUUUUUUUAAAGUAAUUUGAACAGGAGUAAUUGAUGUUGUUGAGCCAAGUUUUUUUUUUUUUUUUUUUUUUGAAAAUGCUCUGGUUUUUAAUGAUAUUCCUCAUUGUCACAAGAAAAUCAGCUUUUCCUCAGAGUAUGGACAAGCUGCAUUAGAAAUAGGUUGCUAUAGUGAUUGAUAUGUUUUUGUCUUAAUGCUCCCCCCCCCCACCUGCCACCCUUUUACUGUGCAUUUAUUUUAUACUGUCUCUGUGACUCAUUGAAAGCCAAACAAAUCAAGUCUUUGACAGUGGCCGGGUAGAAGUACAAUCUUUAUUUAAGGUCGGCCACUUCCUGUUUGCCUGCUGUGGAGUUCCUGUCUAGGACGGAACAAAGAUGGAAACAUCUAGUCACCUAUACAUUAGCGCCCAUCAGAAAGAUGUGUUGAGCGAAUGCACAGCUAAACCUUUAAAGGACUCACCACUUUUAAAGCACUCCAUUUAAAACUGUAUGUGAUUCAUAGAAAAUAAGUUUAAUGGAGAGAGAGAGAGAGAGCGGGAGAGAGGUGCAUUUUUAAAAAAAAGAUUAUUUUCUGAUUACUUGAAAAACAAAAAAAGUGAAUCUUUGGGAUGCUAGGUGUGUUUUCUUGAAUGGCUGCAGAUGAUUAUUUUGUUUUUAUGAUGAGUUUGUAUGCUUCUUGAAAGCUCUGUGAGUGGAGAGAGAGUUUAUUUUGUUUGUAUUUUUUUUUUCCGUCCCCCCAGAACAUUAAGUCUUUGCCGUGAACCAUGGAAUGAUGGUGGGGGGUUGCUGUUUACCAAAUGUUGUGGUCUCUUGAGAUGUCUUUUAGAAGUUUCUCCAGGGAUGGUGGGGGAAAUAUAAAAAAAAAAAUGGGGAAAUGUAUCUGUAUGCAUAGUACUAAAAAAUAUUUUCAGAGGUGUUUUGGUGAAUCAGUUAUUAAUUUUUAGAAAUUAAAAAAGUAAAAUUCAGAAACAUGUAUAGUUUAAAGUAUUAAAAAAGAUCUAUUUAUAAAUAUACAGUAUAUAUGGAAACACAUAAAUUGACGUGAAAUGGACCCUGUUUGGUGUGUUUCUUAGUGGUGCUUGUGUAGUCUCUUGUACAAAAACCAUUGUUAUCAGUCCAAAAGGGAGUGUGGGGGGGCCCCCUGCUGGCCAGAGAGAGGUACAACAGAACUGCAGUGCCAUUAUCCUGCCUGGCUUUGGCUCACCUCGCAGCACCGUCGCCACGGUGACGCAGAAACGUUGUCACGACGAUGCGGUAACGUUGUCACGACAACACAGUGGGGUUUCAGGCUUUCGGAGUGAGGGUUAACGGCAGGGUUCUGAAUCCCCAGCGAAGGGGAUGGGGAGUGCAGUGGGGGUGGGGGGUUGUUAGGCUCGUAUGAUAUCCUGCAGCACACAGAAAACGGAUGGCUGUGUAUUUGGGGGGGGGGGGGCAGAAGACCUACCGCAUGCUGCCGGCCGUUUUAAUGUGGUCUGCUUAUUCAGCUCAGCCACAGAAGGAGUUACUGUGUUAUUACAGCAGUGAAUGGCAAAAGCUUACAAUGCUUCAUAAUCAGUGGUCAUGCUAGCAGAUCAUUCCCCCUCCGCAGACGUGCUGUAAUGAGUCGGGCCGGGCUAAAGUUUGUACGCCCUCCCUUUAAGAUGCCGGAAGUUUCUACAGUGACUCCCCCAUUGGGGAAAUAAUGAGAUAUUUGCAGGAUCUGCUUCCUUGCAGCAUUUGCUAAGGCUUUGUCGAAAAUUGGACCUUAGACCUUUACCAGGAAUCCCCAGGCACAGACAAGUGUAGAGUUGAAAUUGCGGCCUUUCCCGAAAAACAAAACCGUUUUCCGGUGAGAUUUACAGGUGCCUUUCACCUGCCAUCUCUGACCUCACCGGGAAUUCUGGGAAAACGGCGGAGAUAGUUCCGACUUCACCAAGCCAGUCAGGCCACGUCUUACGGGGACUUGCGUCCGAAAUUCCAAAAGUGAGGCAGGAAAAAAAACGUAUUUGUUAAGCUCGCGAGCGAGGUCCCAAAACCAGGUCCCUGCACCCCCGCAUCCUCCCCUGCACCCCCCCCCAGCCCCCACCCCCCCCCCAAAGCAGGGCCGCUCAAACGUACAAACGUCACAAGAACCGCUGAACACUUCAACACACCGACACUGGCACAGGCGUCCAGAAUAAUCCAGACCGAAAAGGAAAACGGGAGCGGAUGGGUAUGCCAGGCGCACCUGUAAAGAAACUGCGUCGCUCUUUCAGAGUACUAUUGUACAGACACGUUCUUAAAGAUCAUGUGUAUUUGAUAAAUAUGCUAAUUUUCUUGUACAGACCUUAUUAUAGUUUUAUUCUUUCUUUCCAUAAUGUAUUCUCUUUUUUCCCCCUCAAACGGGAGAGUGACAGAUUUAUCAAUAACAAUAAAAAGAUUAUGUUGUA